CUAAAUCCCAUAAAUCUCUUUCCUUAGAUUUGUCGACCAAUUAAAGAGAAUGAUGCAGCCUGGAGUUAUUUCAUCUGAAGAUUUUGACCUAAGCAAUAUUUUAGGCUACGAUUCCCUGGAACAUUUCAGUGAAGAUUCAGAAAUCUUUUCAGAAACUAGCCCAUUCAAUAAUAUUAUUAGCUCUUCCCAACAAAUAAAUGAUUCCACUCCUAGUCCUAGUUCAAUAUUACAAGUGGAGCGUGGUGUAGACGCUCCACCAAAUUGGAGGAGAUACCGAGGCGUGAGGAGGCGGCCAUGGGGUAAGUUCGCGGCGGAGAUAAGGGACCCCUCGAAGAAAGGGAAUAAUAGGGUAUGGCUGGGUACAUAUGAGACACCUGAGGAUGCAGCAUUGGCUUAUGAUCGUGCCGCAUAUAAAAUGCGAGGGGCACGAGCCUUGCUCAAUUUCCCUCAUUUGAUUGGUUCAAAUGUAGUCGACCUUAAUAGAGUGAAGCCCAAGAAACGUUUACACUCAUCUCCCUCCAAAACAACCAAUGGCUCUCCAACUCCAAGUCCAAAGAAGAGAAAUGUUGAGUUAAUAAACAACCUAGCCAAAUCCACCAAUUUCAAUGCUCAUAGUAUCAUGGGGAGGUUUGAGUUUGGCACUUUGCUUAAUACUAGUAUUUAAUUUUGUGCCCUAGAAAAAGAAAAAGGAAAAAAGAAAGAAGAAAAGAUGAUAUAGUGGUAUCGGUGAGAGUUUUUUACACAAUAAGUGUGGGUUCGAUUCUCACCGUCUCUUGUAGCGGAAAAAAUAUUAUAGCUAGAGGAGUUGAGCCUCAUUAUCA